CAUAUAAACAAGCAUUUUAGUGCAUAAUAUUUGUGUGCAUACUUCUUACUGAGCUGUAGAAAUUUUGUAUAUAAGUGCUGAGAACAAUCUGUACUGUUUGUAAAGUGGGGCACACUGUUGAUUGCUGCAGCUCUCUUUGCAGCUAUAUUUACCAUAUAAGCAAAACAUCCUAUUUGUGGUCCGAGUCCAUCUGUAACAUGUACUGAAUUAACAGUAUUUGCAGCAUUAUCUAUAGUCACUGGUAUGGAUUGAUUUGGCCUGCUUAACUUCCAUUCAGUCAUGGCGGUUUCUAAUUCAUCAAUGGACAAUAUGGCGUCGCUCUGGGCUCACGCAGCUAAUGGCAUGGGAUCUAAUGUAGCACAUCUAGGUUUCUAUUUGAUCAUAUCUAGUGUGCGCGCUGCGCCGCUAGAGUGUUUUAUGGCCACAGAAGUCACUUCUGCUCAUUACUGCACAACACCAGUAUAUGACAUUCGACUUUCAUAAACAGAACGAGUUUGAAGUACGCCGCUCUUAAUUUGCCACUCAUUGUUCAUCAUGAAACCAUGGGUUUGCUUAGUCUCCCACAGUCUUAACCUUUCUGAUCCCAUCGGCCCUCCAACAACAGGCGUUAGCUUACGCAUGCUAAUCGUUUGUGAAUGCCAUGUUAGAUGAGCAGCGUAACAUCCCGGAUAUGCGUUGUAGUUAACAUCCUUAAUAUUGAAAUCGAAGGUGUUAAUUUCGUUUGGUAAAUUCGAGACAAAGACAUACAAAUGUCAUGCAUCGGGAUUUGGGAAGUUAGCUCACGUGGGGAGGACCGUACAUUUGCGUCCAAGUGAUGCCAGUAGAUGGUAUCGGCGCCCUAAAUGUUGGUACUCGUCGAUACCGAUACCACCAAUUCGGGCCGGAUCGGCGCCCCCUGCCGAUACUGGUAUCGGUAUCGGUGCAACUUUACUCUAAACCAAUAAAUACACUGAAAUUAGUUGCUAUUGUCACUGCUGGGAGAACAAACUUUACCCAUCGAAAUCAAAUCAUGAGGUUUGGCUUGCCCUUUUUGCCAUUUUUGGGUCUUUGAAAAUGGCUGACCAAACGCUACUUCAAAAAGGAUAACGUAAAGUGCUAAUUUCUCAUUUAAAACACAUUAACAUUAAAAAUAACCAAUAAAAGCAUGAAAUGUCCGCGACCAAAAAAAUUGCACUUUGUUCUGGUGUUUGUGCAGAUUUUCUUUUUUCCCAGCAGAAAAAAUGCGGGUUAAUCAUAUGACAGUGUUAUACCAAUACCAUUUUUGCCUCCUGAUACCAUACCUGGCUGUUUGGUAUCGGCCCAUACUAUACUGUUUUUUGAAAAAAAUAUAACUUUUCAAACUUUUAAAACUAACUUACUUCAUAUUCACUUUAAAUGCAAAACAAAAAUUCGGGAUGUCCUGAUCCGAUCAUGUGAUCGAAAAUUGGGCCAAUCGCGCAAUUUUUCAGAGGAUUGGAAUUGGGUGAAAAUGGGUUAAAUUGGCCUGUCUGUGUGUGUAUAUGUGUGUGUGGAAGUCAGUGAUGGUAGGCGAAGGAGGGAGGAUUGAAUUCUUAACUUGGCAAGUCUAAUAUUGAUUAAAAUCAGGGCUGUCAACAGACUUGCAGGGGCCCGGGACAAGAGACCAUUAUAGGGCCCCCCCACCUAGCCUUGCUACCGGCUUGUCACGACAACAUACGCAGUACUUUUAACACUUUGCAAGCAAUGACAGUGUACAUUUUCAAAUUAUUUGAGAUGGGCAGUUAACAGACCGUAAUGUGAUGUGACACAAUAUAAACAAACAAUUUCCAUCAAUUGUUCCAUGUAGGCUACAGUAUAAUACAACUGAGAGUUCUAUGCCUGCCUGCCAAGUAACAAAACAGUAUAACUAAACAUCCUGUGCACCUCCACAUCCCUGGGGUUAUCAAAGCCCUCAAACAGUGAUGCGCCUAGAUUUUUUGACAGCAAAGUCAUUUAUAACAUCUGUGAAAUCCAGUUUUUGAGCAAGCUCACGCUCAAUGGAGAGCUUAGCUUGGUUGUUAAAGUGAUCCUCUAACUUAAAUACAUGCAGGCUCUAAUAAACCACAAUUGUUCUCUUGUACUAAAAUAUGUUGUUAGAAACACAUAAAAUGUUAAAUCAGUGGCAAUAUUUUAUAAUAUUUAGUCCAUAUUUUGACCGAUAGUUGACGCCAUGGUUUGCGGGCUCGCACUGAUGACGUCAAUGGGAUCUUGCCAAAUGUGUAGCGUGUUCAACAAUUGCUUAUUGCUGCCUAAACUCGCGAAGUAAAAUGCCACGAUGUGCUGCUUUUGGAUGCAAUUUCCAGUCAAAUGGAAACAAGGGGAGUGAAGUGAGUGGUCAAGGUGGAAUUAUUAUUUUUAGUGAAUAAAUGUGCAUAAGUGGAAGGUUCUCCUCCUUUUUUGGUCCCUGUAUGCACGUAUCCUACCCACCACGCGUUGCAACUGGUGCCCGAACAUGUAUCCUGGAUCCUCAGUCAAGCAAGGUCCCACCGCGUCUGCAAUAUUGGUUUCGGAUCUGUCCAUUGUUUUGAUUCGUCGGUCCCACCGCGGCUUUUCUUAUCAGUCUAUUUUGUGGAAUCGACGGCCUGAUCGCGGCUGGAACAUUGCCGUGGGAUCGGUCUAAUUCCUGGAUCUUCGAGUGAGUAAAAAAUGCGGAUUUGGAUUACUAUUGCGAUCUUUUUUUGUUGACUAUUCUUCGUGGGAGUUUUCCCCAAAUCAUACUAAAUAAUUAAAGCACUAUGGCACGCUACAGUGACGACAGUGACUGACGUGGACCUUACAACAAUGUUGGAGUUCGUCAGGGAACACGGGUUUGCGUACUGCUGAGCUCCCCAGUGAAGAGUGGUCAAGGUGGAAAUAUUAUUUUUUGUGAAUAAAUGUUCAUAAGUGGACGCUUCUCCCCUUUUUGGUACUUAUAUACACGUAUCCUACCUACCACGCGUUACAAUGUACAAGACAUGGAUUACACAAGGUGUGCUCUUUGGCCUGUACUGUAUGUAAAGCACACGACAGCUCUGGAUGCUAACAAUCUACAUAAUUAUACUGGGAUGUUUGAAAACGCAAUAUGCUUACCUUGAAUAUCUGCUAAUAAAACCGGAGUUCCCAACUCUCUCGCUCCCAACCCGAGUUCCCAAUAGCACUCUGUCGCUCUGUUGCCAUUGAGACAGCGAGUGCAUCACCAGUUUUGCCCAACUUUUGUCUGAUCAGGUAUUUGCUGCACGCAUUUUUCCCUGAAGCUCGUCUUGUGAACGACCGACAGUGCUGUCCUGCUCUUCACUUUUCAGAUCUGGUUCAAAUAGGAAGGGUAGAACUGACGACAUGUUGGGAAAGCUAACUAUUGACACGCUGGAAUUUUGGCAUCGGGGCCAGUGACGUCACGCACUGCGACGUAACAAGAAUGGCGACCUAUCACUUAAAAUAAUUUUACAAACUUUAUUAAAACAAAAACAUCAAGAGGGGUUUUAACACCAAAUUAUGAUAACUCAUACUAACAUUUAUCUUAUAAGAAUUACUUGUCUUAAAAAUAGAGGAUCCCUUUAAGCCUGCCCUGUUAUAUGGUGGAGCAUAAGGAGUUUUUUAUUACUUUCAUUUUACUGAAGGCUCGCUCUCCUCCAGCUACAGUCACUGGCAAAGACAAGAAAAUGAGUAGCAGUGUGCUACGAGUGUGCACAUGUGUAACAGUGUGCUUCGUAUUAGCGUUUGCUAUAAUACACAGUGGGUUGUAAACCCAAGAUAAAUCCAGCCGCCGGACCAGAGUCUGUUCAGCCUCGCGCACCUGCUCCCCACAGACUAACAUAUAUCCUUGAUCUCCCAUCACCUUCUCUCUCCUCGGCUCAACGCGAGCAGCAUGUCUUGUCAUACCACAGCUCAACAGGCUACAAACGGCCGGUGACAGACUCGAAUCAGGCUUUGGUCACAGUGAUCGCGAAUGUAAACGUUGUGUUAGCGGCUGUUGUUCACUUACCGACAUCACCGUCCACAGCCAACUCUAGCCCUAAUUCUCUGACUUCUUGUCCCCCUUUUAAAGCAUCAUUUUUUUCUCGUUCACCUCUAUGAUUUUUAUCUUUUUUUUUUUUUUUUUUUUUUUUCUCGGCGCACCCGAUUUAUGACGACUCGCCAUGUUUAGAGUUUAUAACAGUGACAGAUUUUAAUUUCCCGCUUCAUGGCACGUAUGUAGUGUAGCCUUGAGUGCGCCAGAGCGGGGUCAAACCAUUCUCUGCUAAGACAGAGGGGGUGGGGGGACGUUGUUCAAAAAAAGGAAAAAAUAUGGAUUUGAAAUAUUUUUUUUAAGUACUGUAUUGACCCGAAUAUAAGACGGUGUGUUUUGCAUUGAAAUAAGACUGAAAAAGGAGGACUCGUCUUAUAUUCGCGGUCUAGACAUUAUACCCAUUCACGACGCUAGAUGGCGCCAGAUAUCAUUGAAGCGAAUGCUGAACUUGAGAAGUUAUGUUCGGUCUUGACAGAUCUCAGCUACUCUCACGUUUAACCAGUUUGCAUUAUUUUAUUGCAUUGUUUUUCCUUAUUCAGAUUUGUUUCAAGACUACAGUUACAGUUAGACCUCACUUUGAUGGUUAAUGCAGUUAUUGCAAUUUUGUUGGUUUUAUCACAAUAGAUUGUUUUUUUUACAUUUAAAAAACCAGAAGCCUUCAUUUACGAAUGUGAUUGCACUUUAGUUUACAUAUUUAAAUGUUCAGAUAUUAAGAUUUGAAUGAGGCAAAAUAACAUGCUUUUUCUUAUAUAGUUAUAAUCAUUUGUUUCAGAUGUACUGUAAUUAUUUUCUGUAUAAAAAUUAAUUCUGUGUUCAAAAAGUCUUUUUUCAAACUUGAGUUUUGAAAAAGAGGGGCUGGUCUUAUAAUCAGGGCCGUCUUAUAUUUGGGCCAAUACGGUAUAUAUCAAGUAGAACAUGAUAUUUAAUCAGACAAGGAUUUAAAUAAAAAAAUAUGUGAAUGUAAAGUAAAAUAAAUUAAGGGUCAUUCAGGGGCCCCUAUGGACCUGAGGCCCGGGAUAACAUACCCGGUUGCACCCCCCGCCCAUCUUUCAACGAGCUUGAUUAAAAUAUAAGUAUUCAGACAGUAUUGCGGCAUGUGCAUUACACUGAAUUGUCACAUCUAUUAUUUCUGUCUCAAGAAUAUUUUGAUUGACCUGGGAGAGUUUUAAACUUCUGUCUGGCCCAUCCUUGAACACCCUCUCAAGGUCAUUGAGGUCUUUUACCCUUGCAUUACUUUGAGGCAUGGCAAAUAUGCUUCGAAAUACUUUAAUUAUGAUACAUAAAUAAUUCUUUACUUUUCCCACAUUUGUUGGAUAUUUGUGAAUAUUCACAAUCUGAAAAUUUCAAACACAUUGCAGCAUUUCUAAUACAUUGUACAGUGCAUUUAGGUAAAAUAAUUAAAAAGUCUGCUUCUGUCCAAACUGCGUGACUUUUUAAAUUCCCACGUCACGUUUGGUAGAAAGUGAAAAAAGGUUCAGAAGUUGUCUGUCCCAUGAGGUCACAAGGAUUAUUCCCUCUGUUUGCACUGUAAUCCCACACUCGCUUGUCAACAAUAUGGUUCUGUGUGACUUGCGAAAGUAUUUAGUGUCAGCAAGAGUUGAACAAUGUUUCCAAUGCUUCAUAAUUUAAGCAUGCUAGUUUUCCGCUUCAUGUUCAUCGUGUUUACUCUACAUGUGAAGAAGUUCCCUGUGUUUAUCUGUCCAUGCUCCUUUGUUUUUUUUUCAUCUGAUUUACAAUUUUGUUUCAUUUUGUUUGCAUGAGCCGUGACUCUACGAAAGCUUCCAGUCAACUGAGACGUAAAUGUUUCGGCACAAGAAAACUCAGUAUGAAGAAGUCAGUCCGGCCUGUGGGGAGUAAGGUGACUGCUGAUCGAGGGAAGGCCGAGUCCGCAUCCACCACUGGAACUGGAAAGCCUGCAGCCAAAACCAACAGUGCCGCACCGCUGCCGAAGGUGAAGAGCAGUGAUGAUCUUUUAGCAGCAAUGGCUGGCGGGAAUCCUGUUUCAAGUAAUGCUGUCAGCAAAACUAAGAGAACCGCCUCAAUCGGUACAACUGCAAACACAGGCGACAAGCAAAAAGCAGCAGCAGGGUCUUCAACCAAGCGUAUGACAUCAUCAACAACAAAAGAGCCAAAUUCUUCACGGGACCGUCUUCGGACAUCCAGGACGUCAGCUAAUAGGAAGCAGCUUGUCUCAGGGAUAGCAGCAGGUGAUGCGGUCUCAAAACGCUCUCGUGGCCAGAUCUCAACCGAGUCUGAGAGCCGUAUGAGCAAGUCCAAAUCAGAUGGCCAGAUCAGCGAUAAGGUGGCAUUGGAGACAAAAGUCAAUGACCUUCUAGGUCUUGCCAAGAGCAAAGAUGUAGAGAUUUUACAUCUUCGCAGUGAACUGAGAGACAUGAGGGUCCAGCUUGGCAUGGAAGGAAAGGACUCGCAGCCGCGGGAAGAGACAGAGGAUGGUGAAAAGCUGCACGUCCCAGCUAUCACAGCAGCUGAUGUAGAGUCGACUUUGCUUUUGUUACAAGAGCAGAACCAAGCAAUCAGAGAGGAGCUUAACCUGCUCAAGAGUGAGAAUCGAAUGCUCAAAGACCGUCUCAAUGCGUUGGGGUUCUCCCUGGAGCAGAGGCUAGAUGGCUCUGACAAGCUGUUCACUUACACGUCCCUAAGCCCGGACUUGGCAGCAGGUAGUGGACACAGUGAGGGUGGAGCAACCCUGACGUCCUCAGUGGAGGGAUCAGCCCCUGGUUCAUUAGAAGAUCUACUCACGGCUCACCAGCAUGGUGGCUCUGUGGACAAUCUGGACAGUGAAUCUAGCGAAGUAUAUCAGGCUGUCACCUCCAGCGAUGAUGCUUUGGACGCCCCUUCUGGAGCCUCCUCAUCAUCUGAAUGCGAGUCUGCCCCCAGCAGAGAGCGUUCCCGUAGGGGUAGCAGUGGUAAUGCCAGCGAAGUAUCAGUCGCCUGUCUUACUGAGCGUAUCCAUCAGAUGGAAGAGAACCAGCAUAGCACCUCUGAAGAACUGCAGGCCACAUUGCAGGAGCUGGCCGAUCUGCAGCAAAUCACCCAAGAGUUGAACGGGGAGAACGAGCGACUCGGCGAGGAGAAGGUCAUCCUCAUGGACUCGUUGUGCCAACAGAGCGACAAACUGGAGCUCUACGGACGACAGAUAGAGUAUCUUCGCUCCACGCUGGAUGAGCAUCACAUUUCGUACGUCCUAGAGGAGGACAUCAAAAGCGGCCGCUACAUGGAGCUAGAACAGCGCUAUGCAGACUUGGCGGAUAACGCCCGCUUCGAGAGAGAGCAACUUCUGGGUGUGCAGCAGCACUUGUCCAAUACUUUGAAGAUGGCUGAGCAGGACAACGCUGAAGCUCAAGACAUGAUCGGAGCAUUGAAAGAGAGGAACCACCAAAUGGAGCGCGUCAUGGACUCUGAGAGACAAGACCGGGUAGCCAUGGCUGCUACGCUUGAUGAAUAUAAAGCGGCAGUGAGCAGUGACCAGGUGGAGCUGAGUCGCUGCCGAGCCCAAUUGGACCAAGAGAGGCAGAGGGUUGCUGAGCUCCUCUCUCUUCACACAGCUGGGGACAAAAAUGACAUCUGCCAGCUUUUGGAAGGUGCCCGACUAGGAAAGGAAGAGGCUGAGGCCAAGGCUGCAAAAUCGCAGGAUGAACUGGAACAAGCUCAAAAUGACCUUGCCUUGCUACAGGACACUCUCAGUAAGCUUGACAGCGAAUACAGAGACUUCCAGCAGCAGGUGCAGCAACAAAUGACAGAGCAAGCGCACGUGCUCGAGAAGCAGCGUGUGGAGCUGCAAGAGAAAGAGACCGAAAUCGUUGACAUGAAAGAAACCAUCUUUGAGCUGGAAGACGAAGUAGAGCAGCACCGAGCUCUAAAGCUGCAUGACAACCUCAUCAUCACCGACCUUGAGAACUCUGUAAAAAAGCACCAAGAUCAGAAACAUGACAUGGAACGAGAGAUAAAGAUCCUUCAUCGCAGGCUCAGGGAGGAGUCGAUGGAGUGGCGUCAGUUCCAAGCAGACCUGCAAACAGCGGUCGUCAUUGCUAACGAUAUCAAGUCGGAAGCGCAAGAAGAGAUCGGAGACCUGCGGCGCCGUCUGCAGGAGGCGUUGGAGAAGAAUGACAAGCUGAGCAAAGAACUAGAUGAAGUCAAAAGCCGCAAGCAAGAAGAGGAGAGAGGCCGAGUGUAUAACUAUAUGAAUGCAGUGGAAAGGGACUUGGCUGCUCUCAGGCAGGGGAUGGGGCUCAGUCGUCGAUCUUCCACCUCUUCGGAGCCUUCGCCAACUGUCAAAACACUCAUCAAGAGCUUUGACAGUGCCUCGCAGGCACCAGCGCCUAGCAGUACUGCCACUGUGACUCCAACAGCACCAGCCACGCCACUACCACGCACCCCUCUCAGUCCCAGUCCAAUGAAGACGCCACCAGCUGCUGCUGUAUCGCCAAUCCAGAGACACUCUGUAUCAACAUCCCUAUCAGCUGCCAAGCCACUCUCAGCCCUCACUGACAAGAGGACCAGCUAUUCAGACAUCUCCAUGUCAUCUGAGCACCUUCUCCGAGGAGCCUCAACCAGUCGACCCCCUUCUGUCCUCCAGAGGGUCCCCAACAUGGAUUCCACUAAGUCAAUUUCAGUUUCCCGCCGAAGUAGUGAAGAGAUAAAAAGAGACAUUGCAGCCCAAGAUGGAGCCUCUUCAUCCUCACUAAUGGCCAUGAGUGCCACUUCCUCUCCGCUCUCACUGUCCUCCUCCUCUCCCACGGCCUCCGUCACACCCACGGCUCGUAGCCGUCUAAGAGAGGAACGUAAGGACCCUCUAUCUGCACUGGCUCGAGAGUAUGGAGGAUCCAAGAGAAAUGCUCUUCUGAAGUGGUGCCAGAAGAAAACCGAGGGUUAUCAAAACAUUGACAUCACCAAUUUCAGCAGUAGUUGGAAUGACGGUCUGGCAUUCUGCGCUGUGCUCCACACCUACUUGCCGGCACACAUCCCUUAUCAAGAGCUGAGCAGCCAAGACAAGAGGAGAAACUUCACUUUGGCGUUCCAGGCUGCAGAAAGUGUCGGGAUCAAAUGCACUUUAGACAUAAAUGAGAUGGUGCACACCGAACGGCCAGACUGGCAGAGCGUCAUGACUUACGUCACAGCGAUCUACAAAUACUUUGAGACCUGACGAGAAUCUGGCACUACUGUUCGAGCUGGGGCGCACCUCAACCCCGACAUUACAACUGUACCUCACUGGAUACCACUUUCGCCAUCGCUCGCAUAGCAUGUUCAACCUCUUCAGUAGUUUGCGACACCAUGACUAGGUCUAAAUUUGAAACGAAGAUCACAGACAUAUUGCCAAUAUGCAGUAAAGCCUUGAAGUCAACCAAGUAUGUACUGAAGAAACGCGCCUCGGUGCCUUCCGCUUGGAUUUUCGUUUUGCAAGCAAUUUUCUACACUUUGUUUGAUCAUUUAGCAAGCAACAAAAGUACAAGGCCCAAAGCUUCUCUACUUUUAGUAUAAACAUCUGCUACAAAUAUAUAACAUAUCAGCACCCUUAGAAUUCCCUUAAACCUUUGAAUAGAACUCAGGCAGUUUUUUUUGCAGUAUUCCAGAUGUUCAUAUAUGCUUCAGAUGCCUUUGUUUGAAAGGGUAAAGUGCCUGUGUGAUGACUGAUGCUUGACACCAGCUCAGCUCCCAUGAAAGCCAAAACCUGAAGAGUGUCUUUUCACUAUAGCAUGUGAAGAUCAGGAGUUGUCUGAUAGUGAACACGAUGUUCGCUUUUUUUUUUUUUUUUUAACUUAAAUAAGCUAGUUACUGUGUCGGACAUGCUUUUAUCAGAUGGUGACUGUCUCAUUUAGAAGCAUAAGUAACAACACACUAAUAAUAGCUUA